AUGUCAUCUGCAAUAGGAAAAUCUACGGCGCUCCUGGGCAUCAAAGACCGGGAGCCGUUGAACGCUGAACCUGACCUUGUCUCGCUUGUCCAGUUUCCUCAUACCCCAGAUGAUCUCGUCUACGCUCGGAAUCAUUGUUCCAUAAAAGCACUGGACGCUGACACGUUCAGGUUGAGCAUUGACGGAGCUGUGGAGAAAAGGAUGGAGUACACACUCUCCGACUUCAAACGCGUCUUCCCCUCUCGCGUGGAAGUUGUUGCGGCUCUCCAAUGUGCGGGAAAUCGACGCAAGAAGAUGGCGGACACGAAACACAAGGACGUAGAAGGUAUUAAAUGGGGUGAAGCCACCGUGGCCAACAUUCGCUUCACAGGGGUACCUCUUCGGGAUGUCCUCCUCUCCGCUGGCCUUCGUUAUAAAGAUGACCCCAACGUGAUCAACAAAUUACAUGUAUGUUUUGCCUCACAUGCGUCGGAAUGCCAGGAGGAUAGCUGGUUUGGGGCUUCCAUACCGCUUGAAAAGGCUUUGGAUGAGGAAGGAGGCGUUAUCAUUGCCAUCGGUAUGAAUGGCCAUCCCUUAACCCCAGCACAUGGCUUCCCUUUCCGAAUGGUCGUCCCAGGCUACUCUGGUGUCCGCUGGGUGAAAUGGCUCGAUCACAUCACCGUCUCCACCACCGAAUCCUCAAACUUUUACCAACAACGCGAUUAUAAAAUCCUUCCACCUCAGGUCACGUCGCAUGACCAAGCGAACUCGGAAGCCUGGUGGUCAAAGCUACCCCCUCUAAACGCCAAUCCUCUCAAUUCCGUAAUUGCUACCGCGCGACUCAUUCCGCGAGCAACACCUAUGCCCAUAACUAUCCUAGCAACAGGCUACGCGAUACCCUCAGACUCGGGACAGAUCACCUCAGUUUCCCUAAGUUGUAACAAAGGCCGAACAUGGAAGCCCGCUAAAAUCACGUACCAGGAGGGGAAAUGGAGCUGGACGCUUUGGGAGGCGGCUGUUACCGUUGAAGUUGCGGAUCUGCCAGUGCAUGCGCAUCAUGCGAAUGCUGACGAUGAUGGUAACGCGAAGGGCGGCGAAGAGCUACAUAAGAUCGUGUUAUGGAGUCGCGCGGAGGAUGAGAGUGGUAGGAAGCAGGACGUGGAGUGUGAUUGGAAUUUGAGAGGGGUUGGGUAUGCGGGCGUUGGGGAGUAUGAGGUCGUUUUAUGA